CUCUUAAUCCCCAAAAAAACCCUAUCUUCUCCAAUCUUGGUUCUCUUGAUCAAAAUCCCACCCUUCUUUUCACUCCACUCAAAUCCAUCAUCUGGGUAUUCAAUUUCAGUCAAAAUCCUCAUCUGGGUAUUCAAUUCUCUCGAUCAAGAAUUGGGGAUUAUUAUUCGAAAAGGGCUUAUAAUAAUAAAUCCAUGGCGGCUCUGGCACCUGGAAUUCUGCUGAAGCUCGUCAACUCCAUGAACACGGGCCUUAAGCCCACCGGCGAGCACCGGAGCUCGCUUCUUCAGGUCACCGACAUAGUCCCGGCCGACCUGGACGAGAAGAGCCUCUGGCCCACACAAGGGUUCUACAUCAAGGUCUCCGACUCUUCCCACUCCAUCUACGUCAGCCUCCCGUCGGAACAAGACGACAUCGUUUUGAGCAACAAGAUGCAGCUGGGUCAGUUUAUAUAUGUGGACAGACUGGAGCCCGGGUCGCCGGUUCCGGUGGUCAAAGGAGCCAAGCCGCUCCCGGGCCGGCACCCUCUGAUGGGGACUCCGGAGCCGUUGAUGGGUCUGAGACAGAAGGGAGGAGACAAAACAGAGCAGAUGUCGAAUUCGAAGCCGACUAGAAGAGGGUCUUGGGAUUUGAAUGGGGGUGAUGUGGUUUCGUCUCCAAUGGUGUUGAAGAAUUUGGAUUUUGAUCAGUGUUAUAGUACUCCGGUGAAGGACCGGCCGGUGAGGAAUGCGGCGAUGUCUCCGAUGAUCAGGGGAAGAGUUGCAAGUGGUGGAGUUCGGUGCUCGUUUGGUGGUGGAGUUUUGGGGGGGAAGAUGGGGGAUGUAAAGGGAGAGAGUCCAUUGCUGAGGAAGAGCUGUGUGACUCCCUCAAUGUCGAAGUUUCCGAGGAGCAAAAGCGUGUCUGAUCGAGAGCCGAGGAUUCCGAUUAGUCCCUUCAACCAAGCUGAGAAGAAAAGCUCAACUCCACCACCGCGUUUGCGAAAUGCAAGAGUGACAACGUCUCUCAAUGUGGCUGGAGAUGCACAAACCCCACAAAAGACCUCCAAUUCAAAGCCGCAGUCUGCUAAUGCGUCGAAUGACGGCAACAGCAACAGUACUAGUCUCUGUCUUUCUAUGAACUUACCAGGAAAACUCAGCACGCUUGGAAAAGAAGCUGUGCAGCAGCGAGAGACGGCUCAAAAGAUUGCUCUCAAUGCAUUGAGAGAUGCUUCGGCUACUGAGGCCUUAGUCCGAUCACUCAAGACGUUUUCAAACUUGUGCAAAGCAGCUAAAGCAGAUGCCCCAGCAGCCUGCUUUGAUCAAUUUCUCGAAUUCCAUCAGCAGGUUGUCCAAGCAGUGGCGGAAAUGGUCUCAGUUCAAGCAGCUACUUCAGCUGCUCAAACACCAAAUGCCAAGCAGCAGAGAGACAAAGAAGAAGAAGAAGAUGCAGUGUUAAACGAAAUGGUUCACAACUCCAUGAACUCGAAAUUGAGCUUAUCGAAAAGAAGGUGCGCUUUGUACAAGUCAGUUGCAACCAUUCCCGAAAGAGGUGAGCAGAAGACAAGUUUCGAGAAACAGCUGAGAGCCUCUAGUAAUCAGAAGGAAAGGAAAACACCAUCCACUCCCCUUGGAAAGCUGAAUCUUGAAACCAUUGGCGAGAAUGAUGAGAACAAGAAACCACCAGCUGUUUCUUUGAACUCUUGCAGCUUAACCAGUACAAUCAAAUUGGGGAAGCAGAUUGAAACAGAAGCUGGGAACUGGUUUAUGGAAUUCUUGGAGAAGACUUUGGAGAAAGGCAUGAAGAAAACAAAAGGCACAACAACGGAUGGGGAUGCGCGAAAAGUACCCCAGUCUUUGAUACUUAGAGUGAUUAAUUGGGUGGAAAUACAACAAUGUGAUAGCAGUAAGCGACCAGUACAUCCCAAGGCAGCACAAGUAGCCAGAAAGUUGAGGAUCAAGAUGAAGAAUCCUUGAACUUAAUGCGGCACUGAUUAUGUUACCACUAUUUUUUGUGUGUGGAGAUUCUGUUGCAUGCUUUUGUUGAAUCUCUAGCUUAUUCUCUUAGCAGCAUGUAUUAGUGGUAGAGUGAUUCUCUUAUGACCAUGUAUUAGUGUUAGAGUGAGCUGUGUACUGUUAAUUUGUUCUAGCACUACUCAUUUAUUGAUUCAUCUCCAUUAUACA